AUGCCAGAUACACCUGGAGAUAUAUUGCCACUAGCAGGACAUGAGGAACACAGGAGAAAGCUCAGGGAAGAUAGAAGGAUAGAGUAUAAUGACAUUGUUAAAGAGGCAGAUGAAUACAAGGCUAGUAUACUUGCAGCUGAUGAAGGUGAAGCUACAAAGAAGUACACAGGCAGACAAUCCCAGCAGACGACAAAGUCCAGCAUUGAGUUUGCUGAUUGUAUUGGUGAUCGGCAUUCCUACUUAGUCCAGCAACAGAGGAAGAAGUGGAAGGAUGUUGAUAUCAAGCCAUACAAACUAGAGUCAUCCAAAUUAAGAGAUGUCAAUUCUCAGUCCGAGUCUGGUGGUGGUAUACUUGUAGAAAAGAGACCAUCCGAGACAUCACACAAAUGCUUAGAUUCUUCACCAGCUGUGCCCCGACGGAGGUGGAUCAUCCCUGAUUAUGAAGCUAUACUAAACCAGAAGCGAAGUCAGGAAUCAAAUUAUAGACGAGCAAAUGAUGCUGCCUAUGGAACAGAUCUCCGUGCACACGAAGUAAGUGAUUUCUUGUCAAACAUUGACAAGCAAGUAAUACAGGAUGAGCACAAGGGAGACUUGCAGAAGCAAAACAGAGAGAUGGUCUUGGCUAAGAGAGUGCUUGCCUCCGAUACUGCUCUUGGGCAUGGUCAGGUAGCAACAGACUGCAGAAAUUAUUGUGGAUCUUUAGAUACAGUUGGAGGAAAUGCCUUUGACCUCUUCUGUGGUUUGUUCCGAGAGCCAAUGAGACAGGUGUCACUGGAUCCACCUCCUGAUCUGUACUAUCAACCAGCGACGUUUGUCACAGACAAAUCAGCUCCAAACCCGUAUAGUUUUAUAGAUGAAGCGUACAACUUUUAUGCCUCCCAUAAUCCUCUUGAUCCUAAUUUGAAUACAGAGGCUUCUUAUGUGUUAGGGCAUGCACAACACAGAGACAGCUUCAUGCAGGCCCGUUUAAAUGACGCCAACCCACAGUUGAGGUCUGGUCUCAGAAUACCUGGAAGUGGCUGGACGCAAGUGGCUGUCCCACCUAAAGGAGAGGAAGAUGUGUGGGGGAAAUGGCACUUCAGCAGUGGAAAUGAAGAGAAAUCACCCAAUGACUACCUGGUUGCCUCUCUGAAGUUGUCAGAUCUUAUCUGUGAUAGCAGCCCUUGUUUGGGAGCUCAUAUUUGGCAUGACAGGAAAUACUCAGCUCCAGGGGCUAGCAUAGAAUGUGCUUCAAAUGCAGACCAAAAACAAAAUCUGCUUCAUCCACAAGCUUCUUAUCAAGACGAGCUGGGCAAGCAGUUACUAGAGAAGAGCCAGAAAACUGUUGGCACCACUGAUGCUCUGUCAAAGUGUAACCUUAAACUUCAGGGGGAAGUAAAUGAAUGCCAUGCAGGUAGAGGUAGUGAUGCUCAUUGUAAAGCUCACCAUGACCUGGCAGAUACAGCAUCUGUUGCUGAGAGAGAUCACUUUACACAAACAUUAGGCGGAGACAAGACAUAUAGCCGUGGGGGCUAUGGUAUUUUUGGUGUACCAAUGACUGAUGCUCAGAAAAUACAAGCAGAAAAAUACAUGGCAGAUUUGAAGAAGCAAAUAGAAGAAAAACAGGCUGCAGAAAACAAGAAGAGGGAGCUGCAAAGAUUAGAAGAAGAGAGAGAACAGAAAAUUUUAAACGAACAAAGAAUUCAGAUGCAGAAAGAAUAUGAGGAAGAGCAAAGAAGGAUCAAAGAGAAGGCAGAAGAG